AUGUCUGCUGCAAAAUCAAACUCGACUCCUGUAAACAAUGUAAAUGUGUCCACAGCCGCCGCUACAUACACCGGAGAGCAGCGCGAUAUUACAUGGGAGCUCAAACAGCCGAAACAGGCGGAGGGAGUUGAGAAGGAUCGAACACAUGCCAACGACAAAGCCCCCAGGUCUAGUGGAAGAGUUGACGAUGGGGUUGGCGACGGAGGAGAGAAUUCCGAAGAUGUUAAUGGAGAGAUGUUGAUGUUCCUUGAGGAUGAAGAGACCAUUAUCAGAGGCGGGAUCCCGAUGUGGAUUGGCCGGAUAAAAGAAAAUAGGUAA